CGAUGAGUUGAAUGAUUAAGAGUCAUUGCGAUAGGAUGUCAUGCGUGCAGUUAAUAUGAAGCUGGAGAGUUGCGUUUUUUUGAAUAGAAGAAGUUAUUAAAUAGAAAUGUCUCUUCAAGUGCCAAACGAGACCGAUGCUUCUUCCGGCGAGAACCCGGUGGGAGGAGAUGAAUUCUGCGUGAUGCACCUGAUGGUCAUCGGGUUCCAUCCUCGGUCGGGGUACAGAGUGGAGUACUGUACUCCUCCUCUGAGGCAAGUGGGUGAGAAUGGGACAACGGAGGAGGUGUCUGAGAAUGUGUCCAGAGACAUCCAGUUGCCUGAAGAGUGGGAAUGUAUUCGCUAUCUGGCACUUCCUGAUGGGGCUCAUAACCACGAUAGAGAUACUAUUUACUUUUCAAUGCCCAGCAGAAAAAGUUCCCAGUGCAAAUCAACUGUAUUUGGAGUGUCUUGUUAUCGACAGAUUUCAGUGAAACACAGAGUUGGCGACGGUGCUCGGGGCUCGAUUCAAAAGAGUGUCUGUAUCCUUGCUAACAUGCCUCUGUAUUCCUUACUGGAGUCGAAACUACGCUUCGUAACUGAAGCGUUCUUCGACCAAAUCGAACUGAAUCUGCCUGAAAAUCAGACCAACGCUACGUCAUCGCAACAGUAUCAAUCGCAGUCACCAGAGAAUAUGUUGGAAAUUUGUUUUGACCAUAUAAAGUUGAUGUUGGGUCAUUCCAAUAGUCCAGGAAUGAGGCCUAAAGAAAUCGUAUCCUCACCAAAUAAUGGCGAAGGGGAGGUUGCAAAUGGAAAGAAAGAUGAGAACUUGGCAUCAAGCGAAGCAACGAUGGCGAGCAAAGAUCACCUGUUGUUCGAGCAGCUUCCUCUUCCUAAUUUAAUAGCCCAGCUAGGUUGCUCUAAAUUUCUCGUGCUGUUCAAACUGAUUCUGAUGGAGCCGAGGAUAGUGUUCUAUGGGCCACGGGUGCUUCCAAUAGGCCAGUUGAUGCUCAGUCUCUGCUCCCUCUUCCCUAUGAUGCUCUUAAAAGGACUCGCCAACAGUCACUGCAGAGAACAAGUUGACGACUCCUCAAAAUCGUCGCCUCAACAAGACACCAGUUCAGUUCAACUAUCAGAAAGUGCAAAUGGGGUGUCAAAUUCAGAAAGCAGUACGAACCUCAAGUUAGACGAAGAAGAGGAGACAUUCGAAAUAGUCCGCAAGAAUGCCAUAGGUUCGCAAGAGCGACCUAAAGAGAAACAUGCAGCAACCUUUUUUGACCCCCUAACCCAAACGGACUCCAUAGCUGCAAGCAAUAAAACUAAUAAUGUGUUGCCCGAAGAAUGUGUGCCAGAUGUUCCUGAGAGCAACCCGGAAGAUGAGUUCCUGCCUAUGAUUGUGAACUUUGCAGCCAAAGGGUUUCCUCUGAGAGUCUAUGAUGGAGGGAAUCUUUGGAUACCAUACGCAUCACUGCAUCAAUUAUCAGAGCUGCAGACGUGCAAAAAGGCGUUCUCAGUGGGUUGCACAAAUGCUCUAUUCAUUUCCAACUAUGGGGGACUUCCCUGUGACGUAGUUGUUCACGUGGACGAGAAAGAGAUCUCGUUCGACUGGAAAAACCACGAGCUCAAGAAGUUGACUCAUCUCUCCUCGGAGGACAUCCGGUUCGGAAAUGAAUUAACUUUAGCUGCCCAGAGCCUCUGCAAGUCACAAGGAAUUGACUGGCAUGGGGGCGAGCAGCAUCUACGGUUGAAUUUCAACCUUUACCUGUCAUCAUUACUGCUUUCCAUUCUCAGCCAAGAUCACAAACAAAUAUCCUGCUUUUAUGGUCCUUUCUGCCGCGCUUACGAGCGCACUGAGAACUUCCAAAAGUGGAAAGAAUCCUUGUCUCCGGAUCAGAAGGUGGAAUCCCUGGUCAGUCUGGACGCCCUGUUGCACCCUGGAUCUCUCCAGGGCUCGAGGAUGGACGCGGUCAUGAAUGUGAUGUGGGAUGACAUGUCGAUGCGAUGGAAUCAUAUGACCUCUGUGUCUCAGAAGUACAGUAAAGUGAAGGGGGCCAAAUCAGCAGUUAGUCAUGCAGCUAGAAGCGCUUUUGGGAACUUGUUUAGAGUUUCCGGGACGACGAAAACCAAUCAGACGAAAUCUGGAGCCGAUUCGGAGAAAAGUUGUUCGACCGUGAACACGUGACGAAGAUCCAUUUGAUCCAACGUAAUUUUGAUCCAAAUGACAAAAUAUGCUUAUCAUUUAGUUCUCUAAAAUGUAAAUUUAGCCAUAGUCUCUGAAUAUAUGGAUUAUCUGGCCGUGUAGAUUAAAAAGUUAUUGUUUAUUUAUGUUACGGUUUGACUCAAAUCAUUGUAUGAACAAUUAACGUCAAAUCAGUAA